AUGGUGGCUAUACAAGAUCAAUAUGAAUUGCAGCCUAUAUACAGUGAGAGUGAUGACCUAACUUUAAGUAUUUCAAAUACAAUCCCAAACAUUUCAAACUCAACUCCAAACACUUUAAACACAAACCCAAAUAUUGAAACUAAUUAUGGAGAAUGGGAUGACAUUUUGAAUUUCAUAGGUCCAAGUCCAAGUGAAGAGAAUAAGAAAAGUGUUGACUUCCUUGUUAAUGCAAGUAUUGAUGAGGAUGGUGGUAAGGAUGUUGAUGAGGGUGAUGAUGAGAGUGGUCAAAAUUCAGAUGAAGAAAAUAGUACUGAAGAAGAAAUACGAGAUGAGGAUUAUGAACAAUCAAUUGAGGAUUACUGUAUGACACUAGGACAACCUAUCACAUGGCCUGAAUUGAUUGAGGAUAGUGAUUUGCUCUUAGAUGGGGCCACUGAUGAAGUUGAUGUUGAGAGUAAUAUAAAUGAUCUUGAAGAUGAUGGCUACCCUGUAUUUAAUCCUGCAAUUGAUAUGAAGAAUCCAAUAUUUCAUUUACGUAUGGUGUUUGCGUCUAAGAAAGUUGUUAAGGAAGCUUUGAGAGAAUAUGCCAUAAAGAAUGGUAGACAGAUUAGAUUUGUGAAGAAUGACAAGAGAAGAAUUAGAGUAAUUUGCCAAGAGAGUUGCCCAUUUUUGUUCUAUGCUAGUGUAAUGAAGGACAAAAUUGGCUACCAAAUCAAAAAACUUAUUGAUGAACAUGACUGCCAGCGGGUGUACAACAAUAAAAGAAUAGAUGCAAAGUGGUUAGCUGAAAGGUACAAAGAAAUAUUUAGAUCAGAACCUGGAACAACCUGCAAUGGCUUCAUUGACCAAGUAAAGGAUGACUUUGAAAGGGAGUCAACGAAUUUUGGAGGUUGUAUUGUUGUUUUUCAAAGAUGCAAAAAUGGGUUUAAUGCUGGUUGUAGGCCUCUAAUCGGGUUAGAUGGGUGUUUUUUGAAAGGGUAUUAUGAAGGAAUCCUACUUUCCGCAGUUGGUAUAGAUGCUAAUAAUUGCAUGUUUCCCAUAGCAUAUGCUGUGGUAGAUUCUGAGAAUAAAGAAAACUGGGAAUGGUUUGUAGAGAUUUUGAAAGAAGACCUUCAAAUGAACAAUAGUUUAUCUUUCACAUUCAUCAGUGAUAGACAAAAGGGCCUUUUGGAAGCUGUUAAGAAGCAUGCGGAAGACGCUGAACAUCGUUUCUGUGUAAGGCACAUGUACAAUAACUUCAAGACUAAACAUCCUAGCUUGACACUUAAAGAAAUGGUUUGGGCUGCAGCAAGAACAACAACUAUACCAAGAUUUCAACAACACAUGGCCACAUUGGGUGGCACUGAUGCUACUGCCUUAGCAUGGUUUAGUGAUAAGCCAACAUCUGCAUGGAGUAGAUCACACUUUCGAACUCGUCCCAAGUGUGAUAUUCUACUUAACAACUUGUGUGAGGCGUUCAAUAAGUCUAUACUUCCAGCUAGAGAUAGUCCUAUAAUAGUUAUGCUUGAGAGGAUCAAGAACUAUAUGAUGGAGCGAAUGGUAGAUAAAAGAAAGUCAAUGGAGAAGUGGAAGUAUCCAAUUUCACCCAAAGCCAUGGAAAUCAUAGCUAAGAAUCAAGAAUGGGCUCGAUUUUGUGGAAUUAAAUGGUCAGGUGAACUACAUUUUCAACUUGGAGUUACUCAUACAAAUGAGCAGUAUGUGGUUGAUUUGAAUGCUAAAACAUGUGCAUGUAGAAAAUGGGAAUUAACUGGGAUUCCUUGUGUACAUGCUUUGGCUUGCAUACUCAAGGUAAAUUUAAAUCCAAUUUCUUUUGUUGAUGCUUACUACUCCAAGCAGGCGUAUGAGAAGACCUAUGCUGAAAUAAUCAAAGGUACAAAUGGCCCAGAAUCAUGGCCAAAUCCAAGAACACAUCCUUUGAAACUUCCUCUAGUAAAGAAAAGACCUGGACGUCCCAAGAAAGCUAGAAACCGUGAAGCUGGUGAGGUUCCUGCUAGUAAUAAAGUGAGAAAGUUUGGCACUAUAAUACACUGCAAAAAAUGUGGAAAGCCUGGUCAUAACAGCAAGACAUGUGGCAAGCCAAAUUCAAAAGUUACUAAAAAGAGUAGACAAGGAUAA